AUGGCGGGAAGCCCUGAUUGGUUAGGGCCACUUCUGAGACCUAAGUGGCGGGAGGAGCUAGAAAGAGCACACCUUUUCCUAGCCUGUCCAGGAACAGAAGCCACCCAACCAGGGACAUUAGCAUCCAAGCAGAACUUGCUUGAUUUGUCAGAGCAGUCUCCGGAGGGCUAUUCAGUUAAUCAGCCUUACAGUAGAAAGUCCAGUUUGAAGACAAAGCAGCGACAUGCCCAGUCCAACUAGCCAGUCUCCCCCCAAGAAGCUCAGAUAAUUCAGACCAAGAAGAGAAAAACAGCACAGGAUGUUAAAAAAAGACAAGAGGGGAUCACCAAGAAACAUCAGUUUGAGAUUAGGAAUUGUUGGCCACCUGUAUUGUAGGGGAUCAGUCCUUGCAUUAUCAUUGAAACACUUCACAAAGAAAUAGAAACAAGUGACUUCCCCAGAUUUACAAAUUACAGAUUUAAAAAUCUUUUUAUUAAUCCUUCACCUCUGCCAGAUUUAAGUUGGGGAUGUUCAAAGGAGGUUUGGCUAAACAUGUUAAAAAAAGAAAGCAGAUAUGUGCAUGACAAGCAUUUUGAAGUUCUACAUCCUGACUUGGAACCACAGAUGAGGUCAAUACAUUUAGAUUGGCUUUUAGAGGUAUGUGAAUUAUACACACUUCACAGGGAAACAUUUUACCUUGCACAAGACUUUUUUGAUAGAUCUAUCUUGACACAAAAGGAUAUAAAUAAAAACAUGCUUCAACUCAUUGGGAUUACCUCAUUAUUCAUUGCUUCCAAACUUGAGGAAAUCUAUACUCCAAAACUCCAAGAGUGCUAUGUCACUGAUGGCACUUGCGGUGAAGUAGAUAUCUUAAAGAUAGAACUCAAUAUAUUAAAGGCUUUAAAGUGGGAACUUUGUUCUGUGACAGUUAUCUCCUGGUUAAAUCUUUUUCUUCAAGUUGAUGCUGUUAAGGACGCUCCUAAACUGGGCGUGGUGAUGAUGCAAGGCAACUCUGUUGCUAUGCCUGUGGUAUACAAUCCUUCUGUGUCUUGUACAUCAUCUUCAAUGUCUCCAUUACAAAAGAUUGUGCAGCAGGCAACUGCUGCUGGAGAGGAUGUUUCAGGCUUCAUGUCAAUUAUGGAGCCUAAUGACAGUCAGGGUGAAGGCCAAUAUAAGGAGACGGCGCAGCAGCUAAGUUUCCCUAAUGCCGUUUAUGCUCAAGCUAAUGUUGCAGCAAAAAAGGCCUGGAAUGAGCUGCCCAAUACUGGACAGCAGACUGAGGACCUGGCUAAGAUCAAACAGGGUCCUAAUGAGUUAUAUCAGGACUUUGUGUCUAGGCUUUUCGUCAGCUGUAAGGCUAAUACACGGCUUGUGAAGCGUUUGGCUUAUAAAAAUGCAAAUGUUACCUGUCAGGCAGUUCUGAAAGCAUAUAGAAAGAAAGGAACCUUGUCUGAUUAUAUCAGACAUUGA